AUGAGUUCGGCAGUACGACUGCUGCGAGCUUGUGGCGGCCAGCAAGCGAAGACCUUACAAAUCGUCCUCGGUUGUUCUGUCGUUGCAGCAUAUGCCAAUGGCCAACGCAAGCGUGUGUUGGCAGACAGCUCACGAGACACUACGCAGAACUGGAGUCCACGACAGACGGUCAUCACAGAGCCACAGCCGUCACAAAAUCGUACAGGGUCCCAGCCUUCGAAUCGGAAACCUCAGGACCCUCUACUACCUUCGUCACGUGAAUUUCGUGUCAUCGAUACCGAAGGCGAUGGUCCUGAAGACCCACUCUCCGCAUGGCAACUAGCUACUGGCCGUGUUUCGGCCGUGUGUGGCACUUUCACUAGCAUCGACCUCAUCUCAGUUCGCGAGAAGAUUACUGGCAUGAUCGUUCCGACCUGGGUGCGCCUACUACCAGAGUGGCUCGACAAGCUACAGAAUGAGCUCUCCAUGGCACCUUGGUCUUUAUCGUGGGAGAUCUGGGAGGAAGCGCAUGAUCCGCAGAUCAAUCCAGAGAUUGUGUGGGAUGCCAAAGUACGAUUGUCGAAGGAUCUCUGCGCCGAAGAGCAGUCGUUUCUGCGUCAGCGUCAGCGCCAGACAGCUGCAGCUUUGGGUCGCUAUUUGGGAUUAUCGGAAUCCGAGGUUGACCCGAGAGAUGUGCCUAUCAUAGGCAUGUGUGGCAGUGGAGGCGGUCUCCGAGCUCUUGUAGCGGGAGCGUCAUCGUAUCUGUCUGCUGCAGAAGAUGGUUUGUUCGACUGCGUGACAUAUACGGCUGGAGUCAGCGGUAGCUGCUGGCUGCAAACACUUUAUUACUCUUCCAUCGGUAGACAAGACUAUGGCGCAAUACUAGCACAUCUCAAGGACCGUGUCGGCAUCCACAUCGCAUCCCCACCUUCGCUACUGCAUCUAUUGAGCCAGGCGCCAACCAACAAGUAUCUACUCAGCGGAUUUGUGGAGAAGCUGCGCGGGGUGCCUGACGCAGACUUUGGGCUGGUGGACGUGUAUGGGUUGGCGUUGGCAGCACGAUUGCUGGUGCCGAAGCAUGAACUGCGAAUUAGCAACUACGACCUCAAGAUCUCGAAUCAGCGAAUCUUCACCGACGAAGGCAAACAGCCUUUGCCAAUAUAUACAGCCGUUCGCCACGAAAUCCCGGACUCAGUCGGCAAGGUCGAAGCCAUGGCCAAAGAAGCUCGAUUCACUACUAAACAUUUCGAUUGGUUCCAAUGGUACGAAUGGACACCGUAUGAGCUCUAUUGUGAGGAGCUCGAUGCCGGCAUUCCUACGUGGGCUGUUGGACGAAAGUGGGAUGGCGGGAACUCGCUUUACAGAGAGAAUGGUUUUGCUCUGCCUGAGCUGCGAGUCCCACUCAUGAUGGGAAUAUGGGGAAGCGCCUUCUGCGCUACGUUGUCCCAUUACUAUAAAGAGAUCCGGCCCUUGCUGCGCGCUGCAGGGCUUGGUGGGCUCGACACCUUGCUUUCGGGCAGAGACGACGACUUGGUCAAGGUACAUCCUGUUGACCCAGCUGUAAUACCAAACUUCGCUCUUGGCAUGCGAAACCAGUUGUCUGACUCUGUACCGGAGAGCAUCCACACUACUACACAUCUGCAGCUCAUGGAUGCAGGAAUGGCGAACAACUUGCCACUUUAUCCACUGCUCAGACCGGGGCGAGAAGUAGACGUAAUCGUAGCUUUCGACGCAUCGGCCGACGCCAAAGCCGACAACUGGAUCAAGGUUACUGAUGGCUAUGUACGACAGCGCGGUAUCAAAGGGUGGCCGAUGGGUGCUGGCUGGCCACCGAAGAGUAAUAAGAAUGAUACAACUGCAACUGAGCUCGAAGCGGCAGGAGAGGCUGCAGCCGAUGCAGCUUGUGGACCUGAUCAUCUUGAGCCCCCCCAGAAGGAGCUUGGCUACUGUACUGUCUGGGCGGGCACGAAGGAAGAACGAUACGAGUACAUGGACGAACCAACUCAUCAUCUGAUAGACUCUGACGAUGAUCAUCAGCAUCUAUCGUCGCCGAGCGCGGGUAUCGCACUUAUAUACUUCCCUUUCCUAGCUAACGAGACGGUACCUGGUGUCGAUCCUUUGAAGGCCGACUUCAUGUCAACGUGGAAUUUCGUCUAUACACCCGAGCAGAUUAACAAAGUUGUCGAUCUUGCGAGGGCGAACUACGCUGAAGGGAGGGAUCAAGUGAAGAGGACGAUUCGCGCAGUGUAUGAGCGGAAACGAGAGAUUCGUUUGAAACAGGAACGUGCUGAACGAGAGUAUGCUCGAGCUUGCCGCGUAAACAGAGGCGCAGUAGCAGUGAGAACGAAUGGCGAUGUCGGACGUGGCGAUCAGUUCAGCGGCCUGUGA